AACAAAAGAAAAACGACACGUAACAGUUAACUUGAAACACAACUCACAGCUCUGAGUCUCUGACCCUUCUCUAAACUCUAUCUAACGUAAUAAAGUGUUAGUUGUGUGUAUCUAUCGAACACAGUACAUACAUAAAUUCACAGAGCUUUGGUUCUUGUCUCUUGAACUAAAUCCAACCAAAAAAUGGAGGCCAAUCUGCAGAUAAAGUUCACAACUUGUAUCUUCUUUGCUGCUGUUGUUUCUUUGAUGAUCAGCCCUUCACUUCAAUCCACCACCUCUGUCAAAUACUGCGAUAAGAAAGCCAAUUAUGCUGUCAAAGUGGAAGGGAUUGACAUGAUUCCUUUUCCGAUUGUGAGUGGACAACCGGCUACCUUUAAGAUUUCAGCUUCCUCGGGUCAAGCAAUAUCCGGAGGAAAAAUGUCUCUUCAGGUUCUGUUUUUAGGGAUCAGUGUCCAUACAGAAUCUCAUGAUAUUUGUGAGAAGUCAAGUUGCCCUAUAUCAGCUGGUAAAUUUGUGCUUUCGCACACUCAAGUUCUACCUGGAAUCACUCCUCCUGGCUCUUACACUCUUAAGAUGAGGAUGACCGAUGAGUCCAACAAUCAAUUGACUUGCAUAAGCUUCAACUUUAAAAUUAGUUCUGGAUCAUAUGAUGCGGCUCUUUGAGGUCCUGAAGCAAUUGCACUUGUCUGGGUCAACUAUGACAUGCUCUCUUUAAAGUGGGGUAGACGUCUUUUUAACUUAAGAUGGUGUUGUAUAUACUGAAGUCUGAUACAGCAGGCUUUCAGUUCUCGCCUCUUUAUAUGUUCCAGUUGCAAUUAGUUCCUGGCAAGUACAUCAAAUCCGGGGCUUAAUUGUGUCAAAUCGCUAUUAGUAUAUUCCACACUGGAGGGACAUAUAUCCUGAAUAAACGGAAACUAUUGUGUUUUUACUAUGUAAUUUCAGUGUUUGUCAGAAGUUCUAUGUUUAGUAUCACUAGUGAUGUGUAUAGUUACAUUACCAUUGAUCUCAGAGCAAAUUAAUGAACACACUGUAUUUUUGAUACUGUUGUGUUUGAACUGGUGAAUCUUUGAGGUUAAACUGUUGUAAUUAAAUUAACUUCCAAUUCUACUGAUUUGUAUUAUUUA